GCGCGCGCCACCGCCACUAUCCGCUGCGGAACGAGCUGUGUGGAUCGGUUUUCUCGGAGCCACCCUUCAGCCCGGCGCACCCACGCCCCUCACCCCCAGGAGCCGACUCCACAUUCCUCCGUCAUGUUGUCAUCAUUUCGUAAGCGCAGAGUCCAGAAAAUGGACCCAAGUGGGGUCAAAGUGCUGGAAACAGCAGAGGACAUCCAAGAGAGGCGGCAGCAGGUCCUAGACCGAUACCACCGCUUCAAGGAGCUCUCAACCCUUAGGCGCCAGAAGCUGGAAGAUUCCUAUCGAUUCCAGUUUUUCCAAAGAGAUGCUGAGGAACUGGAGAAGUGGAUUCAGGAAAAACUUCAGAUUGCAUCUGAUGAGAAUUAUAAAGACCCAACCAACUUGCAGGGAAAGCUUCAGAAGCAUCAAGCCUUUGAAGCUGAAGUGCAGGCCAACUCAGGAGCCAUUGUUAAGCUGGAUGAAACUGGAAACCUGAUGAUCUCAGAAGGGCAUUUUGCAUCUGAAACCAUACGGACUCGUCUGAUGGAGCUGCACCGCCAAUGGGAAUUACUUUUGGAAAAGAUGCGGGAGAAAGGAGUUAAGCUGCUGCAGGCCCAGAAGUUGGUGCAGUAUUUACGAGAAUGUGAGGAUGUGAUGGACUGGAUCAAUGACAAGGAAGCAAUUGUGACUUCUGAGGAGCUGGGCCAGGACCUGGAGCAUGUGGAGGUUUUACAGAAGAAAUUUGAAGAGUUUCAAACAGAUCUGGCUGCUCAUGAAGAAAGAGUUAAUGAAGUGAACCAGUUUGCUGCCAAACUCAUUCAGGAACAGCACCCUGAGGAGGAACAGAUCAAGACUAAGCAGGAUGAAGUAAAUGCAGCCUGGCAGCGGCUGAAGGGACUGGCUCUUCAGAGACAGGGGAAGCUCUUUGGGGCAGCUGAGGUUCAGCGCUUUAACAGGGAUGUAGAUGAGACUAUCAGUUGGAUAAAGGAAAAGGAACAGUUAAUGGCCUCUGAUGAUUUUGGACGAGACCUGGCAAGUGUUCAGGCUCUGCUCCGGAAGCAUGAGGGUCUGGAGAGAGAUCUUGCUGCUCUAGAGGACAAGGUCAAAGCCCUGUGUGCCGAGGCCGACCGCCUGCAGCAGUCCCACCCUCUGAGUGCUACUCAGAUCCAAGUGAAGCGAGAGGAGCUGAUUACAAACUGGGAGCAGAUCCGCACUUUGGCAGCGGAGAGACAUGCCCGGCUCAAUGAUUCAUACAGGCUUCAACGCUUUCUUGCUGACUUCCGUGACCUUACCAGCUGGGUGACUGAGAUGAAAGCCCUCAUCAAUGCAGAUGAGCUGGCUAACGAUGUGGCCGGGGCUGAAGCACUGCUGGAUAGACACCAAGAACACAAGGGUGAAAUUGAUGCUCAUGAAGACAGCUUUAAAUCUGCAGAUGAGUCUGGGCAGGCACUGCUUGCUGCCAGUCAUUAUGCCUCAGACGAAGUGAGGGAGAAGCUGACCAUCCUUUCUGAGGAAAGAACAGCCCUGCUGGAGCUGUGGGAGCUGCGCAGGCAGCAGUACGAGCAGUGCAUGGACCUGCAGCUCUUCUACCGCGACACUGAGCAGGUGGACAAUUGGAUGAGCAAGCAAGAGGCAUUUCUGUUGAAUGAAGACUUGGGAGAUUCCUUGGAUAGUGUGGAAGCACUUCUCAAGAAGCAUGAGGACUUUGAGAAAUCCCUCAGUGCCCAGGAGGAAAAGAUUACAGCAUUAGAUGAAUUUGCGACCAAGCUGAUUCAGAACAACCACUAUGCGAUGGAAGAUGUGGCCACUCGCCGAGAUGCUCUAUUGAGCCGCCGUAACGCCCUUCACGAGAGAGCCAUGCGUCGCCGGGCCCAGCUGGCUGAUUCCUUCCACUUGCAGCAGUUUUUCCGUGAUUCUGAUGAGCUCAAGAGUUGGGUCAACGAGAAGAUGAAAACUGCCACAGAUGAAGCUUAUAAAGACCCAUCCAACCUGCAAGGAAAAGUACAGAAGCAUCAGGCUUUUGAGGCUGAGCUCUCAGCAAACCAGAGCCGCAUUGAUGCCCUGGAGAAAGCUGGGCAAAAGCUGAUUGAUGUCAACCACUAUGCCAGGGAUGAGGUAGCAGCUCGUAUGAAUGAGGUCAUCAGUUUGUGGAAGAAACUGCUGGAGGCCACUGAACUGAAAGGAAUAAAGCUUCGUGAAGCUAACCAGCAACAGCAGUUUAAUCGGAAUGUUGAGGAUAUUGAACUGUGGCUGUAUGAAGUGGAAGGUCACUUGGCUUCAGAUGACUAUGGCAAAGAUCUUACCAAUGUCCAGAACCUGCAGAAGAAGCAUGCCCUGCUGGAGGCAGACGUGGCUGCUCACCAGGAUCGAAUUGAUGGCAUCACCAUUCAGGCCCGCCAGUUCCAGGAUGCUGGCCAUUUUGAUGCUGAAAACAUCAAAAAGAAGCAGGAAGCCCUUGUGGCUCGCUAUGAGGCUCUCAAGGAACCCAUGAUUGCCCGAAAACAGAAGCUGGCUGAUUCUCUGCGCCUGCAGCAGCUCUUUCGCGAUGUUGAGGAUGAAGAGACAUGGAUUCGAGAGAAAGAACCCAUUGCUGCAUCUACCAACAGAGGCAAGGAUUUGAUUGGAGUCCAGAAUCUGCUAAAGAAACAUCAAGCCUUACAAGCAGAAAUUGCCGGACAUGAACCCCGCAUCAAAGCAGUUACGCAGAAGGGGAAUGCCAUGGUGGAGGAAGGCCAUUUUGCUGCAGAGGACGUGAAGGCCAAGCUGAAUGAGCUGAACCAGAAGUGGGAGGCGCUGAAGGCCAAAGCCUCGCAGCGCCGGCAGGACUUGGAGGAUUCACUGCAGGCCCAGCAGUACUUCGCUGACGCCAACGAGGCCGAGUCCUGGAUGCGCGAGAAGGAGCCCAUAGUGGGCAGCACCGACUAUGGGAAGGAUGAGGACUCUGCUGAGGCUCUGCUCAAGAAACACGAAGCUUUGAUGUCGGAUCUCAGUGCCUACGGCAGCAGCAUCCAGGCUUUGCGAGAGCAGGCGCAGUCGUGCCGGCAACAGGUGGCCCCCAUGGAUGACGAGACUGGGAAAGAGCUAGUCCUGGCUCUCUAUGACUAUCAAGAGAAGAGUCCUCGAGAAGUCACCAUGAAAAAAGGAGACAUUCUUACCUUACUCAACAGCACCAACAAGGACUGGUGGAAAGUGGAAGUGAAUGAUCGUCAGGGUUUUGUGCCAGCCGCAUAUGUGAAGAAAUUGGACCCCGCCCAGUCAGCCUCCAGGGAGAACCUCCUGGAGGAGCAAGGCAGCAUAGCACUACGGCAGGAGCAGAUUGACAACCAGACACGCAUAACUAAGGAGGCCGGCAGUGUAUCUCUGCGUAUGAAACAGGUGGAAGAACUAUAUCAUUCUCUGCUGGAACUGGGUGAGAAGCGUAAAGGCAUGUUGGAGAAGAGUUGCAAGAAAUUUAUGUUGUUCCGUGAAGCGAAUGAGCUGCAGCAGUGGAUCAACGAGAAGGAAGCUGCUCUGACAAGCGAGGAGGUGGGCGCAGACCUGGAGCAGGUGGAGGUGCUGCAGAAGAAGUUUGAUGACUUCCAGAAGGAUCUGAAGGCUAAUGAGUCACGGUUGAAGGACAUUAAUAAGGUGGCUGAAGACCUGGAGUCUGAAGGUCUAAUGGCAGAGGAGGUGCAGGCCGUGCAGCAACAGGAGGUGUAUGGCAUGAUGCCUAGGGAUGAAACUGACUCCAAGACAGCCUCCCCAUGGAAGUCUGCUCGUUUGAUGGUUCAUACCGUGGCCACCUUUAAUUCCAUCAAGGAGCUGAAUGAGCGGUGGCGGUCUCUGCAGCAGCUGGCUGAGGAACGGAGCCAGCUCUUGGGCAGCGCCCAUGAAGUGCAGAGGUUCCACAGAGAUGCCGAUGAAACCAAAGAAUGGAUAGAAGAGAAGAAUCAGGCUCUAAACACAGACAAUUAUGGCCAUGAUCUGGCCAGUGUCCAGGCCCUGCAGCGUAAGCAUGAGGGUUUUGAGAGGGACCUCGCCGCUCUCGGCGACAAGGUCAAUUCCCUCGGGGAAACAGCAGAGCGCCUGAUCCAGUCCCAUCCUGAGUCAGCAGAGGAUCUGCAGGAAAAAUGCACUGAGUUAAACCAGGCCUGGAACAGCCUGGGAAAACGCGCAGACCGCCGCAAGGCCAAGCUGGGUGACUCCCACGACCUGCAGCGCUUCCUUAGCGAUUUCCGCGACCUCAUGUCUUGGAUCAAUGGAAUACGGGGGUUGGUGUCCUCAGAUGAGCUAGCCAAGGAUGUCACCGGAGCUGAAGCUUUGCUGGAGCGACACCAGGAACACCGGACAGAAAUUGAUGCCAGGGCUGGCACUUUCCAGGCAUUUGAGCAGUUUGGGCAGCAGCUGUUGGCUCAUGGGCACUAUGCCAGCCCAGAGAUCAAGGAGAAACUAGAUAUUCUCGAUCAGGAACGUACAGACCUGGAGAAAGCCUGGGUUCAACGCAGGAUGAUGCUGGAUCAUUGCCUUGAAUUGCAGCUGUUCCAUCGGGACUGUGAGCAAGCCGAGAACUGGAUGGCUGCCCGGGAGGCCUUCUUGAACACCGAAGACAAAGGAGACUCUCUGGACAGUGUGGAGGCUCUGAUCAAAAAACAUGAAGACUUUGAUAAAGCAAUUAAUGUUCAGGAAGAGAAAAUUGCUGCUCUGCAGUCCUUUGCCGACCAGCUCAUUGCUGCUGACCAUUAUGCCAAAGGAGACAUUGCUAGUCGGCGCAAUGAGGUCUUGGACAGGUGGCGACGUCUGAAAGCACAGAUGAUUGAGAAAAGAUCAAAGCUAGGAGAAUCUCAAACCCUCCAGCAGUUCAGCCGGGAUGUGGAUGAGAUUGAGGCUUGGAUCAGUGAAAAAUUACAGACAGCUAGUGAUGAGUCGUAUAAGGAUCCCACCAACAUCCAGCUUUCCAAGCUGCUGAGCAAGCACCAGAAGCACCAGGCCUUUGAAGCAGAGCUACACGCCAAUGCCGACCGGAUCCGUGGGGUUAUUGACAUGGGCAACUCCCUCAUUGAGCGUGGGGCCUGUGCUGGCAGCGAGGAUGCUGUCAAGGCCCGCCUGGCUGCUUUAGCUGACCAGUGGCAGUUCCUGGUGCAGAAGUCAGCUGAAAAGAGCCAGAAGUUGAAAGAGGCCAACAAGCAACAGAAUUUUAACACUGGAAUCAAGGACUUUGACUUCUGGCUCUCUGAGGUGGAAGCCCUGCUGGCAUCUGAAGAUUACGGCAAAGACCUGGCUUCUGUGAACAAUCUGCUGAAGAAGCAUCAGCUGCUGGAGGCGGAUAUAUCUGCCCAUGAGGAUCGCCUGAAGGACCUGAACAGCCAGGCAGACUCCCUGAUGACCAGCAGUGCCUUUGACACCUCCCAAGUAAAGGACAAGCGGGACACCAUCAAUGGGCGCUUCCAGAAGAUCAAGAGCAUGGCGGCCUCCCGGCGAGCCAAGCUGAAUGAGUCUCAUCGCCUACACCAGUUCUUCCGGGACAUGGAUGAUGAGGAGUCCUGGAUCAAGGAGAAGAAGCUUCUGGUGAGCUCCGAGGACUACGGCCGGGACUUAACAGGUGUUCAGAACCUGAGGAAGAAGCACAAACGGCUGGAGGCAGAGCUGGCUGCACAUGAGCCAGCCAUCCAGGGUGUCCUGGACACAGGAAAGAAGCUGUCCGACGACAACACCAUUGGGAAGGAGGAGAUCCAGCAGCGCCUGGCACAGUUCGUGGAGCACUGGAAGGAGCUGAAGCAGCUGGCGGCCGCCCGGGGUCAGCGGCUAGAAGAGUCCUUGGAAUAUCAGCAGUUUGUAGCAAAUGUGGAAGAGGAGGAAGCCUGGAUCAAUGAGAAAAUGACCCUGGUGGCCAGCGAAGAUUAUGGAGACACUCUUGCUGCUAUCCAGGGCUUGCUGAAGAAACACGAAGCUUUCGAGACAGACUUCACUGUCCACAAGGACCGCGUGAAUGACGUCUGCACUAAUGGACAAGACCUCAUUAAGAAGAACAAUCACCAUGAGGAGAACAUCUCUUCAAAGAUGAAGGGCUUGAAUGGGAAGGUAUCAGACCUGGAGAAAGCUGCAGCCCAAAGGAAGGCAAAGUUGGAUGAGAACUCAGCCUUCCUACAGUUCAACUGGAAGGCAGAUGUGGUGGAGUCCUGGAUCGGUGAGAAGGAGAAUAGCUUGAAGACGGACGAUUACGGUCGUGAUCUCUCUUCAGUCCAAACUCUCCUCACCAAGCAGGAAACCUUCGAUGCUGGCCUGCAGGCCUUCCAGCAGGAAGGCAUUGCCAACAUCACCGCCCUUAAGGACCAGCUGCUAGCCGCCAAGCACAUUCAGUCAAAAGCCAUCGAGGCCCGGCACGCCUCCCUCAUGAAGAGAUGGAGCCAGCUUCUGGCCAACUCAGCCACCCGGAAGAAGAAGCUGCUGGAGGCUCAGAGUCACUUCCGCAAGGUGGAGGACCUCUUCCUGACCUUCGCCAAAAAGGCUUCUGCCUUCAACAGCUGGUUUGAAAACGCAGAGGAGGACUUAACAGAUCCGGUGCGCUGCAACUCCCUGGAGGAAAUCAAAGCCUUGCGCGAGGCCCACGAUGCCUUCCGCUCCUCCCUCAGCUCCGCCCAGGCUGACUUCAACCAGCUGGCUGAGCUGGAUCGGCAGAUCAAGAGCUUCCGCGUGGCCUCCAACCCCUACACCUGGUUCACCAUGGAGGCCUUGGAGGAGACCUGGAGGAACCUGCAGAAAAUCAUCAAGGAGCGGGAGCUGGAGUUGCAGAAGGAGCAGCGGCGGCAGGAGGAGAACGACAAGCUGCGCCAGGAGUUUGCCCAGCACGCCAAUGCCUUCCACCAGUGGAUUCAGGAGACCAGAACAUAUCUCCUCGAUGGCAUAGCAUAUCGCCGGGUCAUUCGUGUCUAUCAGUAUGAAGUUGGGGAUGAUCUGUCUGGAAGGUCCUGCAUGGUGGAAGAAUCAGGAACCCUUGAAUCCCAGCUCGAAGCUACUAAACGCAAGCACCAGGAAAUUCGUGCCAUGAGAAGUCAGCUCAAGAAGAUCGAGGACCUGGGGGCUGCAAUGGAGGAGGCCCUCAUCCUGGACAAUAAGUACACAGAGCACAGCACCGUGGGCCUGGCCCAGCAGUGGGACCAGCUGGACCAGCUGGGCAUGCGCAUGCAGCACAACCUGGAGCAGCAGAUCCAGGCCAGGAACACAACAGGUGUGACUGAGGAGGCCCUCAAGGAAUUCAGCAUGAUGUUUAAACACUUUGACAAGGACAAGUCUGGCAGACUGAACCACCAGGAGUUCAAGUCCUGUCUGCGCUCCCUGGGCUAUGACCUGCCUAUGGUGGAGGAAGGCGAGCCGGACCCCGAGUUUGAGGCCAUCCUGGACACUGUGGAUCCCAACAGAGAUGGCCAUGUCUCCCUGCAAGAAUACAUGGCUUUCAUGAUCAGCCGGGAGACUGAGAACGUCAAGUCCAGCGAGGAGAUCGAGAGUGCCUUCCGGGCCCUCAGCUCCGAGGGAAAGCCUUAUGUGACGAAGGAGGAGCUCUACCAGAACCUGACCCGGGAACAAGCCGACUACUGCGUCUCCCACAUGAAGCCCUACGUGGAUGGCAAGGGCCGCGAACUGCCCACUGCCUUUGACUACGUCGAGUUCACCCGCUCACUGUUUGUGAAUUGAUCCGCUGCCUGAAGGUGGCCCAGCCACGCUGCUUGCCCACCCGCUGCAUGUCCGCUCACCCGCGUGCUCCUCAGCAGAAUACUCCAGCCACUGCUCCCUUCUACUGUAACCUCAGCCUGCUUAGCUUGGGACAAGAUGUCGUAGGAAAUGGUGCUUCAGUACACGCCCCUGGUCCAGUCACAAUCACCAUGUUGCUGUAGGGACCCACAUUUGUGUCUCAGAGCCAGCUGCCCUCAUUCCGACUACAGAAAAAUCUAAGCAGCUGGCUCACUCCCCUCUUGUUCUCCUUCCCUCCCCCAAAUUUCCUGUUUUCAUGUGAAAGACAAAUAAAUGACUUGACUCCCCCUAAAA